UUUAAAAUCUCUCGAGACGUAUUCCACUCAAUCAAUCAUGAGUUCUUACACUCUCUCUGAGUCAGAGCAAGAACUUCUCUUGGAGAAACUCGAUGUCUUCAAGGUCCAAGGCAGAGACAAACGAGGCCGUAAUGUUCUUAUCAUCAUCGGCAAGCACUUUCCCGCUCGGAUGGUUAGCGGUGAGGUUCUGAAGAAGUAUUUGGAAGAAAAGAUUUACCCCAAAUUAGAGAAAAAGCCCUUCUCUGUGGUUUAUAUACAUACAGAUGUUCAAAGGAGUGAAAAUUUCCCUGGAAUCUCAGUUCUCAGAUCAAUCUUUGAUUCUAUUCCGAUUAACGUCGAGAACAAUCUCGAGGCUGUUUAUUUCUUGCAUCCUGGUUUACAGGCCCGGCUUUUCCUCGCCACUUUCGGCCGUCUGUUUUUCGAUGGAGGGUUGUAUUCGAAGCUCAAGUAUGUGAGCAGGCUUGAGUUUCUGUGGGACCAUGUGAGGAGGAUGGAGAUUAAAGUACCGGAGUUUGUGCAUGAUCACGACGACGAGCUCGAGUACCAUCCGAUGAUGGAUUACGGGUUGGAAAGUGACCACCCUAGAGUAUACUCCGAGCCGCCCUCGAAGGAUCCUAUUUCGGUGUACUCUAUGAGGUGCAUAGCGUAAGUCUUGGUAGAGUUUGAAAAGCUGAAGCCGUAGAGUUUUUGUUGAUGCGGUUAUGGCUUUUUUGGUUUGUUGACAGGGGAGCGUUUUAGGGUUUUUGAUAUUGUACAAAGGGGAAGUUUGUGUAAAUGGUGCGACUUCACUGGCUAAAAUCUAACUGUUGAAAUGAAAGAGUGAAAACAGAGCAAGGCCCUGUUUUUUUAAAA